GGGACCCGCGGUCUACUGAGCCCAGAGCGCAGCGAGAGGGAGCUGGAACCUGAUCAUGGCGGCUCGCGGGCGUGAGAAGGCUCCUCCGGACCCAGUGCAUCAGAACCAGAUCAUGUGCGAGCUAAUCCGCAAGGAGCUUCGGGCCCAGAAGCUGUACACUCAGUACAACGUGAACCCCCACCACCCAGUUCACAACAUUACCAGAAAGCCCAUGUCCUGGCAUGACAAUGUGGAGGAACCUGCAGAUGCCAAGUUCCUGAAUGUCAUUCACUACGCUGCUCAGGGACCCAAGAAGAAAUACUCAGAGCCCCAGACAGAGAGCCAGGAAAUCGGCUGGGACUGCGAGCCCUUGAUUCCUAGCGAGCGCGGAGACAAGAGGAUCAAUUUUUUCCGCACCUACCAGGACAUCACGAAGUAUAUGGCGGAGUUCUGGCGCCUAAAGGCCAAGCAGAGCUCAAAGUAGCGGGGCCAGGGUCGCUCAGCUCCAGUGCUUGGGCCACACCCCAAUCCUUUGAAGCACCCAAGCCCAUUUUUGCCC